AUGGAUAAUAAUUGUACAACUCCUUCAGCCAACAGGACAGGGACGUAGGAGGCGCCCCAGAAUGCCCUUGGAGCAUUGCUUUGAUCUGGCGCGCUUGGCAACAAUCAAAAGGUAGGCUAAACUCAUAUAGACUUUAUACAUGUUAGAGCAUUACAGUGGAAGUCGGACGUUUACAUAUACCUUAGCCGAAUAAAUUUAAACUCAGUUUUUCACAAUUUCUGACAUUUAAUCCUAGUAAAAAUUCCCUGUCUUAGGUCAGUUAGGAUCACCACUUUAUUUUAAGAAUGUGAAAUGUCAGAAUAAUAGUAAAGAGAAUGAUUUAUUUCAGCUUUUAUUUCUUUCAUCACAUUCCCAGUGGGUCAGAAGAUUACAUACACUCAAUUAGUAUUUGGUAGCAUUGCCUUUAAAUUGUUUAACUUGGGUCAAACGUUUCGGGUAGCCUUCCACAAGCUUCCCACAAUAAGUUGGGUGAAUUUUGGCCCAUUCCUCCUGACAGAGCUGGUGUAACUGAGUCAGGUUUGUAGGCCUCCUUGCUCGCACAUGCUUUUUCUGUUCUGCCCACACAUUUUCUAUAGGAUUGAGGUCAGGGCUUUGUGAUGGCCACUCCAAUACCUUGACUUUGUUGUCCUUAAGCCAUAACUUUGGAAGUAUGCUUGGGGUCAUUGUCCAUUUGGAAGACCCAUUUGCGACCAAGCUUUAACUUCCUGACUGAUGUCUUAAGAUGUUGCUUCAAUAUAUCCACAUAAAUGUCCUUCCUCAUGAUGCCGUCUAUUUUGUGAAGUGCACCAGUCCCUCCACAACCCUGGCGUUGCAAACGCCAUGCUCUACCAACUGAGCUACAUCCCUGCCGGCCAUUCCCUCCCCUACCCUGGACGACGCUGGGCCAAUUGUACGCCGCCCCAUGGGUCUCCCGGUCGCGGCCAGCUACGACAGAGCCUGGAUUCGAACCAAGAUCUCUAGUGGCACAGCGAGCACUGCAAUGCAGUGCCUUAGACCACUGCGCCACUCGGGAGGUUAGUGUUCUUCGGCUUGCAAGCAUCCCCCUUUUUCCUCCAAACAUAACGAUGGUCAUUAUAGCCAAACAGUUCUAUUUUUGCUUCAUCAGACCAGAGGACAUUUCUCCAAAAAGUAAGAUCUUUGUCCCCAUGUGCAGUUGCAAACCGUAGUCUGGCUUUUUUAUGGCGGUUUUGGAGCAGUGGCUUCUUCCUUGUUGAGCGGCCUUUCAGGUUAUGUCGAUAUAGGAUUCGUUUUACUGUGGAUAUAGAUACUUUUGUACCUGCUUCCUCCAGCAUCUUCACAAGGUCCUUUGCUGUUGUUCUGGGAUUGAUUUGCUCUUUUCGCACCAAAGUACGUUCAUCUCUAGGAGACAGAACGCAUCUGAGCGGUAUGACGGCUGCGUGGUCCCAUGGUGUUUAUACUUGAGUACUAUUGUUUGUACAGAUGAACGUGCAACCUUCAGGCAUUUGAAAAUUGCUCCCAAGGAUGAACCAGACUUGUGGAGGUCUACAAUUUUUUUCUGAGGUCUUGGCUGAUUUCUUUUGAUUUUCCCAUGAUGUCAAGCAAAGAGGCAUUGGGUUUGAAGGUAGGCCUUGAAAUACAUCCACAGGUACACCUCCAAUUGACUCAAAUGAUGUCAAUUAGCCUAUCAGAAGCUUCUAAAGCCAUGACAUAAUUUUCUGGAAUUUUCCAAGCUGUUUAAAGGCACAGUCAACUUAGUGUAUGUAAACUUCUGACCCACUGGAAUCGUGAUACAGUGGAUUAUAAGUGAAAUAAUCUGUCUGUAAACAAUUGUUGGAAAAUGUACUUGUGUCACGCAGAAAGUAGGGGUCCUAACCGACUUGCCAAAACUAUAGUUUGUUGACAAGAAAUGUGUGGAGUGGUUGAAAAACGUGUUUUAAUGACCCCAACCUAAGUGUAUGUAAACUUCUGACUUCAACUGUAUAUGUCUGUUUUGUGUGUGCUUGACUUUAUAUACAGUACCAGUCGAACGUUUGGACACACCUACUCAUUCAAGGGUUGUUCUUCAUUUGUACUAUUUCCUACAUUGUAGAAUAGCAGUGAAGACAUCAAAACUAUGAAAUAACACAUAUGGAAUUAUGUAGUAACCAAAAAAGUGUUAAACAAAUCAAAUAGGUGUUAUAUUUGAGAUUCUUCAAGUGUAGUUGCAAAAACUGUCACGGUCGAGGUAAGGAGUAGACCAAGGCGCAGCGUGAUGAACAAACAUGACUUUAAUUAGUUAAAGCACGAAACAAAACAAGAAACGACUCGUGACGUCCACGGUAUCAAUGACCGAACAUGGAACAAAAACCCACAACCACAAAGGGAAAACAUACAGUUUAAAUAUGGCUCCCAAUCAGAGACAACCAGCCAACAGCUGACACUCGUUGCCUCUGAUUGGGAGUCACUCAGGCAAACAUAGAAUACAACAAACUAGAAUGAACACCAACAUAGAAAUACACACAUAGAAAUGAACACACCCUGGCUCAACAUAAUGAGUCCCAGAGCCAGGGUGUGACAGUCCCCCCCCCUAAAGGCGCGGACUGCGACCGCGCCUCAACUAAACAAACCAGGGGAGGGCUGGGCGGGCAUACCUCCUCGGCGGCGGUUCUGGCUCCGGCCUUGACCACCACCCUCCAAUACACCCCCCAUAGUGCCCCUGGUCCAGUCUGGCCCCGCCGGCUGGAGCAGGACUGGACUUAACAGGAGCGAUCCUUACCAGGCUGUCGACUCGCACCCCUGGCUUGGUGCGUGGAGGAGGAACGGGCCUUACCAGGCUGACGACUCGCACCCCUGGCUUGGUGCGUGGAGGAGGAACGGGCCUUACCAGGCUGACGACGCGCACCCCUGGCUUGGUGCGUGGAGGAGGAACGGGCCUUACCAGGCUGACGACUCGCACCCCUGGCUUGGUGCGUGGAGAAGGAACGGGCCUUACCAGGCUGACUUCUCGCACCCCUGGCUUAGUGCGAGUGGCAGGAACAGGCCGGACCGGGCUGGCGACGCGCACCGUAAGUUUGGUGCGAGUGGCAGGAACAGGCCGGGUCGGGCUGGCGACGCGCACCGUAGACUUGGUGCGGGUGGCAGGAACAGGCCGGACCGGGCUGGCGACGCGCACCGUAGGUUUGGUGCGAGUGGCAGGAACAGGCCGGGUCGGGCUGGCGACGCGCACCAUAGACUUGGUGCGGGUGGCAGGAACAGGCCGGGUCGGGCUGGCGACGCGCACCGUAGACUUGGUGCGGGUGGCAGGAACAGGCCGGACCGGGCUGGCGACGCGCACCGUAGGUUUGGUGCGAGUGGCAGGAACAGGCCGGGUCGGGCUGGCGACGCGCACCGUAGACUUGGUGCGGGUGGCAGGAACAGGCCGGACCGGGCUGGCGACGCGCACCGUAGGUUUGGUGCGAGUGGCAGGAACAGGCCGGGUCGGGCUGGCGACGCACACCGUAGGCUUGGUGCGUGGAGCAGGAACAGGCCGGGCUGGGCUGUCGACGCACACCGUAGGCUUGGUGCGUGGAGCAGGAACAGGCCGGGCUGGGCUGUCGACGCACACUGUAGGCUUGGUGCGUGGAGCAGGAACAGGCCGGACUGGGCUGGCGACGCACACCGUAGGCUUGGUGCGUGGAGCAGGGACAGGCCGGGCUGGGCUGGCGACGCACACCGUAGGCUUGGUGCGUGGAGCAGGGACAGGCCGGGCUGGGCUGGCGACGCACACCGUAGGCUUGGUGCGUGGAGCAUGGACAGGCCGAACCGGGCUGUGGAGACGGAUAGGAGGCCUGGAGUGAAGAGCGGCCACCACCCGUCCUGGCUGAAUGCCUACCCUCACACACUCUGUGUGAGGCAUCCGCACAGGACGUACAGGGCGGUGAACCCCUGGCCUGGUGGCCUUCUGGAUCCGCCCCCUUUUCUCCUCCGUCAGCCCCGUCGUCCAUGCCGUGUGCCCCCCCUAAAAAAUUUCUGGGGUUGCCUCACGACCGUCCGACGACGACCCUGAUCACGCCGUUGCUCCUCUCUCCGUCGCCUCUCCACUGUCUCACUCCAUGGCCGGCGAUCCAUCCCGGCCAGGAUUUCCCCCCAAGUCCAGGACCCUUUACCGUCCAAUAUCUCCUCCCAUGUCCAGGCUGCCUGCUCCUGGACACGCUGCUCCUCUUUCGCCAGGGCCUUUCCCGGCGCUUCCUCCCAUGUCCACCCCAAGGGCUGCCCCUGGACACGCUGCUUGGUCGUUGCAUGGUGGGUUUUUCUGUCACGGUCGAGGUAAGGAGUAGACCAAGGCGCAGCGUGAUGAACAAACAUGACUUUAAUUAGUUAAAGCACGAAACAAAACAAGAAACGACUCGUGACGUCCACGGUAUCAAUGACCGAACACGGAACAAAAACCCACAACCACAAAGGGAAAACAUACAGUUUAAAUAUGGCUCCCAAUCAGAGACAACCAGCCAACAGCUGACACUCGUUGCCUCUGAUUGGGAGUCACUCAGGCAAACAUAGAAUACAACAAACUAGAAUGAACACCAACAUAGAAAUACACACAUAGAAAUGAACACACCCUGGCUCAACAUAAUGAGUCCCAGAGCCAGGGUGUGACAAAAACCUUCAAGCGCUAUGAUGAACCUGGCUCUCAUGAGGACCGCCGCAGGAAAGGUAGACCCAGAGUUACCUCUGCUGCAGAGGAUAAGUUCAUUAUAGUUAACUGCACCUCAGAUUGCAGCCCAAAUAAAUGCUUCACAGAGUUCAAGUAACAGACACAUCUCAACAUCAACUGUUCAGAGGAGACUGUGUGAAUCAGGCCUUCAUGGUCGAAUUGCUGCAAAGAAACCACUACUAAAGGACACCAAUAAUAAGAAGAGACUUGCUUGGGCCAAGAAACACAAGCAAUGGACAUUAGACUGGUGGAAAUCUGUCCUUUGGUCUGAUGAGUCCAAAUUUGAGAUUUUUGGUUCCAACUGCCGUGUCUUUGUGAGAUGCAGAGUAGGUGAAUGGAUGAUCUCUGCAUGUGUGGUUCCUACCGUGAAGCAUGGAGGAGGAGGUGUGAGGGUGUGGGGUGCUUUGCUGGUGACACUGUCAGUGAUUUAUUUAGAAUUCAAGGCACACUUAACCAGCAUGGCUACCACAGCAUUCUGCAGCGAUAUGCCAUCCCAUCUGGUUUGCGCUUAGUGGGACUAUCAUUUGUUUUUCAACAGGACAAUGACCCAAAACACACCUCCAGGCUGUGUAAGGGCUAUUUGACCGAGAAGGAGAGUGAUGGAGUGCUGCAUCAGAUGACCUGGCCUCCACAAUCCCCCGACCUCAACCCAAUUGAGAUGGUUUGGGAUGAGUUGGACCGCAGAGUGAAGGAAAAACAGCCAACAAGUGCUCAGCAUAUGUGGGAACUCCUUCAAGACUGUUGGAAAAGCAUUCCUCAUGAAGCUGGUUGAGAGAAUGCCAAGAGUGUGCAAAGCUGUCAUCAAGGCAAAGGGUGGCUAUUUGAAGAAUCUGAAAUAUAAAAUAUAUUUUGAUUUGUUUAACACUUUUUUGGUUACUACAUGAUUCCAUAUGCGUUAUUUCAUAGUUUUGAUGUCUUCACUAUUAUUCUACAAUGUAGAAAAUAGUAAAGAAAAUACAGAAAAACCCUUGAAUAAGUAGGCUUGUCCAAACUUUUGACUGGUAAUGCAUAUAAAAAAUCGUAAUUUCCAUUUUUUCUAUUCUCAUUUGUAGCCUAGCCACUCACAGUGAGUGCGUUAACGAUGACAACUACGAAGAAAAUAAUGACGACAAUGCACACAAAGUGCAAAACAAGUCCUCUACCACUGGUAAACCAGAUACCUGUCCCUCUGUCAACGGAGCGUUGGACAUGGGUGGUGGUGAGAGGAAUCCGGAGGCCGCCGCCGCCGUGCCAGCAGGCUGGCUGGAUGACAUGGACCCGAUGGAGGCAUACAAGCAUAUGGCCCCUCAGUUGUUGAGCGAGUUGGGGUGUGUGCUUUUGCAGUAUGAGGGGAGCGAGGAGGGAUGUAUUCCGCACGGCCUCGUGAACGUUCUGAAUUACUCAUGGAAGGAUUUGACCGCGGGGGCAGUUUAUGCUAAACCACCUUGGCAGUUGGGUGUCGGCAGCAGGAGUGGUGAUGGCGGGAAACCUCUCAAGUCGAAGGGCAGCAUGAAUUUAGAUGAGACUCUUCGGCAGAUGACGGGAAAGAGAAAGACAAAACAGAAACCGUCCAAGGUGGAAAAUGGGUCUGAGAAACAGCCUCAAGACUCCAAUUUGCGCAAAAGACCAUCUGUUUCCCAUGCACAAAAAGGUGAACCCUCAACAUGAACUCGUCAUCACUCAUCCACUGCAUUAGUUGACAUCUAUUCUAAUAGGACGUCAGAUUUUGACUUCAGUAUAAACGUCAAAUUAUGACUUUGUCAGAAGAAACGUCUCACAUUUACACAGUGCAUUCCACAGUCCAUCUACUUUAAUUAACCAAACUCACCAUGGCCACCUGGGAUAAGUAAUGAAAAUGGUCAUAAACAUUAAAUUAGCUAUAUUAAGUCACUGCUGUCAAACUUUUAAGACCUUCCUGCUUGUGGGAGGGGCUAGGUUGGUUUACAGGAGAGAUUUUUGGCCUACAGGCCACAGGUGUGUCUAAAAGGUAUUAGUCAGUUCAUCCGUUAAUCAGUUCCUGCCCUGUGACAUUCCCUGCUUAAUAAUUCACUCACACUCACCUGGGGGAUUAUGGGUAUUACUGAGACAAUGGGUGGAUGCUUCUCUUCAGGAAAUACAUGCAGGCUAGUGUUCAGGAAAUACAUGUAGGCUAGUGUUCAGGAAAUACAUGAAGCCUAGUGUUCAGGAAAUACAUGUAGGCUAGUGUUCAGGAAAUACAUGAAGCCUAGUAUUCAGGAAAUACAUGUAGGCUAGUGUUCAGGAAAACAUGGAGGCUAGUGUUCAGGAAAUACAUGUAGGCUAGUGUUCAGGAAAUACAUGAAGCCUAGUGUUCAGGAAAUACAUGUAGGCUAGUGUUCAGGAAAUACAUGUAGGCUAGUGUUCAGGAAAUACAAGAAGCCUAGUGUUCAGGAAAUACAUGUAGGCUAGUGUUCAGGAAAUACAUGAAGCCUAGUGUUCAGGAAAUACAUGUAGGCUAGUGUUCAGGAAAUACAUGAAGCCUAGUGUUCAGGAAAUACAUGUAGGCUAGUGUCUUUUGUAUCCAAGAUGACAUUCCCAUCAAGCUGUUUUUCAACAAUUUCCUUCCAGCUCAUGUGGCCACAACUAUAAGUUUCUCCAUCUCUUCAAAAACCUACGAAGAGCAAGGUAUGACAUUACCACACGCACACUACUCCUACGCAGACGAUACCCCUGAUGUACGGUAUAGAGCAGUAGUAGUGCUGACCUAGCUUUAUCAGCUCUAGCAACCGAGCCACAGCUGGAACCCAAAGCCAAGGUCGUGGGUUCAAUUCCCGCAGGGAACACAUACUCAUAAAAAAAAGUUAAUUAUGCGCUCACUGUACUGUAAGUAACUUUGGAUGAAAGCAAUUUGCUAAGUGGCAUAUGUUGUCAUAUAAUGUAGCUUAGUGUGUAGUAUAUGUGGUGUACCCACAUUGUGCCCUUGAGCAACGCACUUAACCUCACAACAUGCUCUCCAUUCAGGGAGGCUGACUGCACUACGGCUUGACACUGUGCUUCUCUUAACUGUGUGUGUGGGAGAUGUGUACUAUCAGGGAGGUGGAGGGGGAGAGCAGUACACAAAUGUCCAUUAUUCGCUGUAGCAUAUGGACAAUAAAGUUGUAUUGUAUUGUAUGGUACAUGCAGGUUGGAUCGUCCAGCCUAAGGAGCCAACCCAUGAGGAACCUCAGUGGACUAACCUGUGUCAUUGGGUUGUAGAGAGGCUGCAACUGGCUAGGAUACCCACGUAUGAACUUCUAUUCUAUACUAUUCUAUUCUAUACUAUUCUAUUCUAUUCUAUACUAUUCUAUUCUAUUCUAUUAUAUUCUAUACUAUUAUAUUAUAUUAUAUUCUAUUCUAUACUAUACUAUUCUAUACUGUACUAUUCUAUUCUAUUCUAUUCUAUUCUAUACUAUACUAUUCUAUACUAUACUAUUCUAUUAUAUUCUAUACUAUUCUAUUCUAUACUAUUCUAUACUAUUCUAUUCUAUUCUAUUCUAUUCUAUACUAUUCUAUUCUAUUCUAUACUAUUCUAUUCUAUUCUAUACUAUUCUAUUCUAUUCUAUUCUAUACUAUUCUAUUCUAUUCUAUACUAUUCUAUUCUAUUCUAUACUAUUCUAUUCUAUUCUAUACUAUACUAUUCUAUACUAUUCUAUACUAUUCUAUUCUAUUCUAUACUAUUCUAUACUAUUCUAUACUAUACUAUUCUAUUCUAUACUAUUCUGUACUGUACUAUUCUAUUCUAUUCUAUACUAUUCUAUUCUAUUCUAUUCUAUACUAUACUAUUCUAUUCUAUUCUAUUCUAUACUAUUCUAUUCUAUUCUAUUCUAGUCUAUUCUAUACUAUACUAUACUAUACUAUACUAUACUAUACUAUACUAUACUAUACUAUACUAUACUAUACUAUUAUAUUAUAUUAUAUUCUAUACUAUUCUAUACUAUACUAUACUAUUCUAUACUAUUCUAUACUAUUCUAUACUAUUCUAUACUAUACUAUACUAUACUAUACUAUUCUAUUCUAUACUAUUCUAUUCUAUACUAUUAUAUUCUAUACUAUUAUAUUCUAUUCUAUUCUAUACUAUUCUAUUCUAUACUAUACUAUACUAUACUAUACUAUUCUAUUCUAUUAUAUUCUAUACUAUACUAUUCUAUUCUAUACUAUACUAUACUAUACUAUUCUAUUCUAUUCUAUACUAUUCUAUUCUAUUCUAUUCUAUUCUAUACUAUUCUAUUCUAUUCUAUUCUAUUCUAUUCUAUACUAUUCUAUUCUAUUCUAUACUAUUCUAUACUAUUCUAUUCUAUUCUAUUCUAUUCUAUACUAUUCUAUACUAUUCUAUACUAUUCUAUUCUAUUCUAUAUAUUCUAUACUAUUCUAUUCUAUACUAUACUAUUCUAUUCUAUACUAUACUAUUCUAUUCUAUUCUAUACUAUACUAUUCUAUUCUAUUCUAUUCUAUACUAUUCUAUACUAUACUAUUCUAUUCUAUUCUAUUCUAUACUAUUCUAUUCUAUACUAUUCUAUUCUAUUCUAUUCUAUUCUAUUCUAUUCUAUACUAUUCUAUUCUAUUCUAUACUAUACUAUUCUAUUCUAUACUAUUCUAUUCUAUUGUAGCGAUCCUCACUAUAUUAUGAGCCAUGUUACAAUCCCCACCAAACAGGUCCAUCUCAUUGGUGCUAUGCAUGUUUGCCAUUCACGCCAGCGACCCGGGUUCGCUUCCCCGCUGUGCCCUACAAUAUUAUAUUCUAUCUAUUUCUACAGCUUUUCCUGCAACACAACAUUUCCCCAUGGCACCAUAAUGGCCGUUUCAAUUACUUUGAGUGUGCCAAUUUGUCAACGUGUAUGUGACCUCUCACUUCAAUGAGUCAGGUGGCACUCUUUCUCAUGCAGUAUGACUUCAUUUAGAAAACAGACAACGGAGCAGGCAGAGAGUGGGCUGAACAAACCACCCAUCCUCCGUCACUAUGGGGAUGCCAAGCCACACGUUAAACACCAGCAGAAGACAGGAGGAGGAAGCGGAGGAGGAGGCAAGUUCUGGCCUUACCCCCAGAUACCAGAGGUCAAGCAGGAAGACCAGGAUUCACCGCGGCAGAAACUACACUACAGGAUCAAUGAUGGCUCCUCCUUCAUAUAGUAUCCUUUCUCACUUUCCCACCUAAAGCUGUGUUUCAUUCCAGGAUGUUACCUCGCUACUGCCCUCAUUCACUAAUCUUCACAGAUCUGACAGCACUGGGUAUGUGAAAGCAAUAUGAGAGAAACUAGAUCGUGCUAUACUUGCCCAGUUGUCUGAGAUCUGUGAAGGCAAUGAAUCAACGCAGUGGGGAGGGAACAUCUUCCUCAAAUUAAACUCAACCUUUGAUGUUUAAAUCUCUGAUAUCUACAUCUAAAUGUGUUAAACGGAGCCGUCACCUUUGACCUUGACCCUGCCCAGCUACCCGUCUGGUUUUGUAGCAGUUUGUCAGAGCCACUCUGGUCUGUCCUGUGGAGGGUUCUAUACUAACGUGUUCAGUGACCAACUCAGCCCUGUUACACUGGCCAGCAUCACCGCAGUAGGACGGGGCACCGUCACACACCCACUCAGGUAAACACAUGGUAAAUGGUUCAAGAUUUAAUAGACAUUUCUAAAAAAAUAAAGUUAACAGAAAUAGAGGCACUAAUAACAGUAUCUAACUUGAAGGACCAAUUUAUUUGUACUAAUUAAUGAAUUGAGCUGAGCUAGGUUCGGGUAAAGCUUACACAUGCUUCCCAGUCGAAACAGUUCGCGCAUAUAUUAUCACAACAUUUAGUGACGUUUUUGUUAGUUUUGGUCUUCGGCAGUUUUCUCCCGGCUGUUCUUGCACACAACACUGUUUCUUGAGGCAAGUUGAAGUUCAGUAGCCGAAGUCUACACCCCUUCGUCGAUGAUUGGUCAACAGGACUAUUCCUAGUAGGAGUGGGAACAUGAAGUGUUUGUUGUCAUUCAACAAGAAACGAUUAGUUGUAAUGCUUUUUUUUUCACUUGAGAAAAACUGCACUAAACAUCUUAGCUAGAUGUAAAAUUGCGCGACUAAGACCUCCUCGGCAAAAAUGUCAAAGUUAAUUACAGAUUUCUUGAUUUAUCUUAGAUUAAUUUGGACUAUUUUAAGGGAAGUGUUUCUGGCUAUGUUGUUGCUACGGUGCCUCAAGCGGGACUAACAACAGUAAUAUUGCCACUUUUUUCUUGUUUUUAAAGCGAAGGUCUUCAGGGAGUAUGCGAGCACAGGCGGCCGCUUCGCCUAGCCAAGUUCUGUUAGGCUCAAACCGAACCGAUGUAUGCGGAAGCCUUAAGUUGGAUCAGUAGAUUACUGCUGGUUAGAUCUAGUCGUAGAUCACGUGAAAGGAUCCUCACCACAGGAGGCUGGUGGCAGCUUAAUUGGGGAGGACGGGCUCGUGGUAAAGGCUGGAGCGGAAUUUUUAAAUAUAUUUAUGUAUUUAUUUAACCUUUAUUUAACUAGGCAAGUCAGUUAAGAACAAAUUCUUAUUUACAAUGACGGCCUACCCGGGAAUAGGUGGAAUGGUAAUAAAUACAUCAAACACAUGGUUUCCAUGGUUUCCAUGUGUUUGAUGCCAUUCCAUUCGCUCCGUUCCAGCCAUUACUAUGAGCCGUCCUCCCCUCAGCAGCCUCCACUGGUCUUUAAUCAAUGGAACCACAGGCAUUAUGUUAGCAGCAGUAGACACUGUGUGUUUAUUGUGAGUAUGCCUGCUGUGAGUAAAGCAGACAUAGAUGGAUCUUAUUGCGACCUGUUGUGAACUGUUGUUGUCUAUAGUGGGACUGUUACUGCCGUGUGGGAUCAGCGUGGUGGGAUGACGUGUGACCCAGAAGGAGCUGUCACUAAGGAAUGGACCUGGCAGACUGGGGUGAAGGAGAGGAUAGUCAUUCAGGUGAGGACCAGGGUUCCAUGGGGUCAACUUAAUUUCAGUUCAGUCAAUACCGGAAGUAGCUCAAUGUACAUCAAUACAGGAAGUAGUUCAAUGUUCAGUCAAUACAGGAAGUAGCUCAAUGUACAUCAAUACAGGAAGUAGUUCAAUGUACAUCAAUACAGGAAGUAGUUCAAUGUUCAGUCAAUACAGGAAGUAGCUCAAUGUACAUCAAUACAGGAAGUAGUUCAAUGUUCAGUCAAUACAGGAAGUAGCUCAAUGUACAUCAAUACAGGAAGUAGUUCAAUGCUCAGUCAAUACAGGAAGUAGCUCAAUGUACAUCAAUACAGGAAGUAGUUCAAUGUUCAGUCAAUACAGGAAGUAGCUCAAUGUACAUCAAUACAGGAAAUAGUUCAAUGCUCAGUCAAUACAGGAAGUAGCUCAAUGUACAUCAAUACAGGAAGUAGUUCAAUGUACAUCAAUACAGGAAGUAGUUCAAUGUACAUCAAUACAGGAAGUAGUUCAAUGUUCAGUCAAUACAGGAAGUAGCUCAAUGUACAUGAAUGAGCACAUUUUCGUCCAUAGCUUAUUAAUCUGACCUCACCUAAUUGAAGGUAAAGUAAAGAAAGUAAGAGUAAGCUAAUAGGCUGUAGCCCAGUUUAUUCUACAACUACUGUCUGUAAUCCCUGGCUCUAGAGGGCCCUUCACUGACAAGCUCAGUCAAGAAGAAGAGGAAGUCCCAGUUGCUGGGCAACGCCGUCAUAUGAUAGUCUCUGGGACAGCUGAAAGGAGCAGGGGAGCGGUACGGGGGGGUUGUAACAAAGCAGGGGACGUGGGGCGUGACGAUGUGACCCACUGGAGCCCGAUACUGUGAUACUCCAACUACAUCAUCAUGGCUGAUAGGUCAAUUUCAGUUCUAAAAUGCCUCUAUUGUAAUCAUAACUUUUAAUAGAGGAACGGCCAUCAAGUACAUGUAUUUCUUGAAUAUUUCAUCAUCUAUCAUAAGAGGUGAGAAUUGAUUUAUGCCAAUUAGGAAUCUCUCUUGUGGUUUAGUUAGGAUUAACAUAGGGUUAAAAAUAGGAUUAGGAUAGGAUUAAGAUAGGGUUUAGUUAGGAUUAAGAUAGGGUUUAGUUGGGAUUAAGAUAGGAUUUAGUUAGGAUUAAGAUAGGAUUUAGUUAGGAUUAAGAUAGGGUUUAGUUAGGAAUAAGAUAGGGUUUAGUUAGGAUAAGAUAGGGUUUAGUUAGGAUUAAGAUAGGGUUUAGUUAGGAUUAAGAUAGGGUUUAGUUGGGAUUAAGAUAGGGUUUAGUUGGGAUUAAGAUAGGAUUAGUUAGGAUUUAAGUCUCCUAGGGAUUUUAGGAUUUAAGCUAGGAUUUUAAGAUAGGGUUUAGUUAGGAAUAAGAUAGGGUUUAGUUAGGAUUAAGAUAGGGUUUAGUUAGGAUUAAGAUAGGGUUUAGUUAGGAUUAAGAUAGGAUUUAGUUAAGAUUAAGAUGUGUUUAAGCGAAGUGGCAUUCCUAACUUUUGGUUAUUUUAUUAUUUUUCCCCAGGUGUCUGAUCACAUCUCAGUACGACUGUUGAGCGGUACCUGUGCCACCCUCAGCUUUAGCAGUCAGAACCAGAGUGUCCAGCUCCCACUGUCCCCCCUGCCCAACAUCACCCCACCUAAAGAAGCGGUGUGAAAACAACACUGUGAUGAUGAUGAAGAUGAUCAUCCAUUAGAUAUAGUAUAGAGCUCUUUCAGGCUUAAUGUGUUGAUGAUGGCUGGUGAUCUGGUGAAUGAUGGCCAAAUAUUUUUGGUGAACGGUUGCUGACUGGUGAAUCUGAUUGGUGAACGGUUGCUGACUGGUGAAUCUGAUUGGUGAACGGUUGCUGACUGGUGAAUCUGAUUGGUGAACGGUUGCUGACUGGUGAAUCUGAUUGGUGAUUUGUAUGAGUCAUGUGUUGUGUCUUCCAGGUCUGUCUGCAGACUGAGGGGACGUUCACCUCUCUGGCUGCCCAGGAGCUCUCCCUGACUAACAAGCACCAGAAGCAGCAGGGCCAGCCCAUAGACAGCAAGAGGGUAAGAUACUUUUAAGAGCAUCUAUCACAUUUAUUUAACUAAGUAGCUCCUUGAGAACACAUAUUUUACAAUAACGACCUGCCUAAGAGGAUGUCAGUUAGGAUUUCAUCCAUUGAGUGGUGUUUUCCAAUGUCUGUAAUAGUCUCUCUUGAUCAGACAUUCAUAUACAAUAAGAUUUUGAUUAUGGCCAGGUUUCAGUGCGUUCCGGUGAGGUGCUACAGAUGGCCCGGGAGGUGGAGAAGCUGGAAGAACCAUGUCCCUUCAGGAGAGGAGGAGGGCGGGCAGGACGAGAGCUGAAAAGACUCCAGAGGAGAGUAUGCAAUAUCCUGGACGACUGGCUGGAGUUCUACCGGAUCGCCACAGGUACACAAGGGUUUAUUUAAAUGUAUUUUAUUACAGACAUAAUUAUUAUCUUUUACAAUAACAGGUCAAGGGGUGAAGAGCUCUCUCACAUGGUCCACUGGAGCUUUUCUAAAUCCUAUAUAAAGCACUUACGUCUAUACUGCAGCAAGUCCUUGUGGACUGAUAUUAGUACCAACCGAAGUAAACACAGAAACCAUUCAGCUAGUUGGAUGGGUUAUUCACAUGGAAAAUACAAUCAAGCUAUACAGGUCUGUCCAGAUAAAGGUGUUUCAGUAAAGUACAGCAGCAUCAAAAGCUUUGUUAUUACUUUCUUCUUACGUAUGUCAUCUCCUAUCAUAUAUAAUAAUAUAUGCCAUUUAGCAGACACUUUUAUCCAAAGCGACUUACAGUCAUGUGUGCAUAUGUAACCGGUGUGAAUUGGCUAGCUAGUUAGCGGUGUGCGCUAGUAGCGUUUCAAUCGGUGACGUCACUCGCUCUGAGACCUUGAAGUAGUUGUUUCCCUUGCUCUGCAAGGGCCGCGGCUUUUGUGGAGCGACGGGUAACAGUGCUUUGAGGGUGACUGUUGUCUGUGUGCAGAGGGUCCCUGGUUCAAGCCCAAGUAGGGGCGAGGAGAGAGACGGAAGCAAAACUGUUACAUUGGUGCUGUGACCCGGAUCACUGGUUGCUGCGGAAAAGGAGGGGGUCAAAGGGGGGUGAGUGUAACCGGUGUGAAAUGGCUAGCUAGUUAGCGGUGCGUGCUAGUAGCGUUUCAAUCGGUGACGUCACUCGCUCUGAGACCUUGAAGUAGUUGCUCUGCAAGGGCCGCGUCUUUUGUGAAGCGACGGGUAAUGGCGCUUCGAGGGUGACUGUUGUCUGUUUGCAGAGGGUCCCUGGUUCAAGCCCAGGUAGGGGCGAGGAGAGGGACGGAAGCAAAACUGUUACACACACAUUUUAAGCAUCAUGGCCCCAGGAAUCAAACUCACUAUCCUGACUACCAACUGAGCUACAGAGGACCACAAACCCCACUAUGAGUCUCCUUCAUGAAGUCCUGACUGUCUUCUAUUGGCCAACAGGUAUCAAGUGCCCAGAUAUAGAGCGGCUGUCCGAUGGUCCAAUGCGGCCCAGACUGAAGAGAGAGGUCCAGUCAGCAGCCCUGCCCUCCCUCCACCCCACCACAGGGCUAUUAGACAGUACCCGGGGUCUACCAGAGGGGGGCAGCACUGAGCUACAGGCCAGCACCAGACACCUGUCUCUGUCUGCACCUACAGACAUCCUCCUGCCAGGCUCCACCCACAAGUUGUCAUGGUAACAUGAUGUGACUAUGAUGUGUGUUGUUAUAGAAAAAGAGCGAUUUUGGAUAUCGUCUCUGCCGGAAUAAAACCUAUUAUUUCCAAAACAUAAACUUUUCAGGAGAUACUGCCAUAUUUUCCUAUUAGCGAACAUACAAUUCUGAAAUUUCAGAAGCUAUUUUGAAAAAAAAAUGUGGGGUCCUAGAGCUAUUACAUUUUCAGAGCACAUUGAGGGGAGUUACUGCUUUCAAUACAUGUGAAACAAUAAAAUAAAAUGGGGACUUACAAGGUUUUCAACCGACAGCGCCGAUAUGGAAAUUAACAAAUUAUUAUGUUCAGACUGAAGUUUUGAUGAUGAUGCUGUUGAUGAUGAAGAGUAUCCAGACUCUCUAUCACAUAUUAUUGAUUUGUCAACAGGACAUUUUCUCUAAAGAAGCAGGGAAGGGAGAAAAGAGAGGAGCCAUUUCAUUUCACACAGUCAGGGACCUUCAGAGUCCACAGCAACAUCAGACUGGAGUAAGAGCAGAACCAUACACCUGUCACUUCCAGAGACAACUCUUGCUUGAGCUUCUUCUUCUUCUUCUUCUUCUUCUUCUUCUUCUUCUUCUUCUUCUUCUUCUUCUUCUUCUUCUUCUGACCUUAACAAGGACUAAUCGCUCGCUUUCCUUCUGUCCUAUGAUGAUAACCAUUUUCUACUCUUUCCACCCCCCAGGUCUGUGGUGAUCCCGAGAUGCAGUCCAGAGCUCCGUCUCACUGCCCAACCCCACCACUAUGCAUCCUCCAGCCCCUCCACCCCUUACCCCCUCUCCAGCCUGUGUCCUGCCCAGCUCAGGGCCGCUCUCCUUGGGGUAGAGGGCCGGACCCAGAGGCUGUGUCGCUGUAGCUCCAGAACCAUGCCAGUCCUGACAGACCAGGAGUAUGAUGCCUUCAUCUGGGGCCAGCCCCCCCACAGUGAACAGAUCCUGGUGGUGUGUGUGACCCCCCCCGCACCAGCCCCAGCCCCAGCCCCAGCCCCAGCCCCAGCCCCACAUCCCCCUGCUGGAACACCUCUACGAGAGGAUGAAUAAAAACAGGACCAUGCCAUGCACUCAGGUUGAUGGGUUGAUUUACAUUUUACAUUAAAAACUAUAUAUAUUUAGUCAUUUUUAGCAGACGCUCUUAUCCAGAGAGACUUACAGGAGUAAUUAGGGUAAAGUGCCUUGCUCGAGGGCACAUCGACAGAUUUUUCACCUAGUCGGCUCGGGGAUUAGAACCAGCGACCUUUCAGUUACUGGCACAACGCUCUUAACCACUAAGCUACCUGCUGCCCCAUUUACGUUACAUACAGUACAUUUACAACACACAAUGUAUCCAUUAAUUCCACUCUUGAGAUUACCUGGUGCUGACACUCACUCACACACUCAAACACACACACACACACACACACACACACACACACACACACACACACACUCACACACACACACUCACACACACACACACAAACGCAUGCAUGCAUGUAUGCACAUAAACACGGCAGGCUUUUCAAAUAAAACAAUAGAUAACUUUUCAUGCUUGACUUUGUUCUCAUAUACAGAGUCAGCUGGACUCGUUCCGCCUGAUGAGGUAUGAGCUGUCUACAGGGAAGACCUGCCCAGCUACCCACAAUACACUGCUGCAGCAGAGACACAACGCCGCCCCUGGGAUGUUUCUGGUCAGUUGUCAACAGCUGUCUCUCGCUCAGCCAAUUCAGUUGGUCAACAGCUGCCUCUUAGCCACCACUGCUUGGCUGCGGUCCGAUUCACUACCCUUCUACCAAAUUGUUACUCAUACUACAGUUUUUUUACAAUCACUUUGGCACUAAUUUCAGAACCUUGACGUCAUUUUUCAAAACUCUAGACACAAAACUCAAAACGGUCAUCACUUGUAACACAGGCUGUCCAAUGUUCAAAACAUUGCAUUCUGCAUUCAUAUCUUUAAAGAAAUAUUGCACUUGCACAAUCAUUGGUUCAAAAAACUAAUUUAUUGUGAAAUACCAAUGAAACGUUAAUUUAGAUCACCCACACACAAGCAACCGAUAGUUUCACUGUGUCAUUUUUCGUACAAUCAUUAAAUAUUGUAGUACAAAAUAGGUGAUACAUGUUUCAUUAUGGUACUACAUGUAAAUACAUCCCUGUAAAAGUACUGCAGUAGUAGAGAGAAUACUACAGACACAGUGGAAUCAUUGAACAAAAUCUGAAAUAUAUUGAUGAAAAACAAUACAGUACUGUAAAACAUAAUAAUAAUAAUAAUAAUAAUAUGCCAUUUAGCAGACGCUUUUAUCCAAAGCGACUUACAGUCAUGCGUGCAUACAUUUUUUUUUUUUGUGUAUGGGUGGUCCCGGGGAUCGAACCCACUACCUUGGCAUUACAAGCGCCGUGCUCUACCAGCUGAGCUACAGAGGACCACAUUCCUGCAGUGUUCCUCAACUUGCUUGCUUGUACUGUAAAAAGCAAAACAUAGGAGUGAUUACUGUACUUCUACAUUUUCAUCAACUCUGUCUUGUGGAUUUGGCCACAGGUUCUCAUCUACAUCACAAUGGAUGUUUUCAUUAGCCAAACAUCUUGGAAAAAACCUUUGGCCAUGGCGAAUCCAGGCCUGACACUGGUCUGCCGUGAUGUCAUUGCAUGCGUCAUCCAUGGCCUGGAGAAGAGUGACUUGUUCAUGAGGGCACCUAUCAUAAACCUUCCAUCUCCAUGUGGAGAAAAAUUCCUCAAUCGGGUUAAGGAAAGGAGAGUAUGGGGGUAAAUAAAGGGUGGUAAAUUGUGCAUGGGCCUGAAACCAUGCUUGCACCAUAUGAGCAUGGUGGAACCUGACAUUAUCCCACACAAUGACAUAGGUCACGCCAUCAGCUCUACAGACCUGAUCGAGCUCAUCAAGGAAGGUUACAAGGGGACCAAAGAAACUGUCACGCCCUGGCUCUGGGGACACUUGUAUGUUGAGCCAGGGUGUGAGUUUCCUUUGUGUAUUCUAGUUGUUGUAUUUCUAUGUUGGCCAGAGUGGUUCUCAAUCAGAGGCAACGAGUGUCAGCUGUUGCUGGUUGUCUCUGAUUGGGAACCAUAUUUAGACAGGCUGUUUUCCCACAGUGGUUGUGGGAUCUUGUUCCAGUGUGGUUUGUGUUAGACCGAGGACGUCACGUUAUCGUUUUGUUCGUGUAAUCAUUAAAUAAAAAGUAUGUUCGCCUUCAACGCUGCGCCUUGGUCCUCUGUUCCUGACGAUCGUGACAGAAGAUCCCACCAAAACUGGACCAAGCAGCGUGUCCAGGAGCCAUCGCCAGGGGAAUCUCUAGCGGAUCUCCUGUGCCACCUCGACUGGGUCAAGCCGUGUGAGGAGGAGAGAGGCUGGAGUUGGAAGCAGAAGAGCGAGAGUUGGGCGAGAACUAUGGAGGCCUGGUCCACGAGGAGGAGAGACACCCAGAAAUUUUUUAGGGGGGGGCUCACGCCGUGGACGACGGGGCAGCAGGAGGCCGCGAUGGAGCGGUUAGUAGAGGAGGCCGCCAGGUUACGGGGGCCACUGGUCACAAAAGGGGAGGAAAGUGUAGAGGCACGGCGAGAGGUGCUGGGGUGUGUUGCCAGUCCGGUCCGGCCCGUUCCUGAUCCCCGCGUAGGGCCAGUGGUGUGUGUCCCCAGUACGGUCCGGCCUGUUCCUGUCCCUCGCGCCGAGCCUGUGGUGUGCGUCGCCAGCCCGGUUAGGCCCGUCCCUGCUCCCCGCACCAAGCCAAAGGUGCGCGUCGUCAGCCCGUUCCGGCCUGUUCCUGCUCCCCGCACCAAGCCAAUGGUGCGCGUCGCCAGCCCGGCCCGGCCUGUUCCUGCUCCCCGCGCCAAGCCGGUGGUGCGCGUCGCCAGCCCGGCCCGGCCUGUUCCUGCUCCCCGCACAAGCCAGUGGUGCGCGUCGUCAGCUCGGUCCGGCCCGCUCCUGCUCCCCGCACCAAGUCAGUGGUGCGUUUCGUCAGCCCGGCUCGGCCCGCUCCUGCUCCCCGCGCCAGGUCAGUGGUGCGCUUCGUCAGCCCGGCUCGGCCCGUUCCUGCUCCCCGCACCAAGUCAGUGGUGCGCUUCGUCAGCCCGGUCCGGCCCGCUCCUGCUCCCCGCACCAGGUCAGGGGUGCGUUUCGUCAGCCCGGCUCGGCCCGUUCCUGCUCCCCACACCAAGCCAGUGGUGUGCGUCGUCAGUCCGGCACAGCCCGUGCCUGUUCCACCGGUGCCUGGUUCGGCACGGGUCAGCUGCUUCACGCCGGAGCAAUCCGCUCCACCAGUGUGCAGUCCAGCUCCGGUCAGCAGGGCCAGACCGGACCAGGGGUACUUUGGGGGGUUAGAGAGGGAGUGGGGAUCAUGCCCGGAGCCGGAUCCGCCGCCAAGGCGGAGUGCCCACCCGGUCCCUCCCCUGUGGUAUUUGGUUGGCGCGGUUGGAGUCCGCGCCUUUAGGGGGGGGUACUGUCACGCCCUGGCUCUGGGGACACUUGUAUGUUGAGCCAGGGUGUGAGUUUCCUUUGUGUAUUCUAGUUGUUGUAUUUCUAUGUUGGCCAGAGUGGUUCUCAAUCAGAGGCAACGAGUGUCAGCUGUUGCUGGUUGUCUCUGAUUGGGAACCAUAUUUAGAUAGGCUGUUUUCCCACAGUGGUUGUGGGAUCUUGUUCCAGUGUGGUUUGUGUUAGACCGAGGACGUCACGUUAUCGUUUGUUGUUUUGUUCGUGUAAUCAUUAAAUAAAAAGUAUGUUCGCCUUCAACGCUGCGCCUUGGUCCUCUGUUCCUGACGAUCGUGACAGAAACGGUGUCUGAUAAAGAAUGAUGAUGAAAUAUUACAUCCAUAGAUAAUGUAGUCUAAUUGGUUCAUGCUCCACGCUAAUUGGUGACAAUGAAUCUCGUUACUUUGAAACUUUCAUGAUCUAAACAUGGAAUAUUGUUUGUCUUUCCAUACAACUAUGCAUUAAGAGCAAUGCAACAGUUACUUAUCAUUUUGAGCAGUUGUAUCAAUUGAUAGUUGGAUAAUUGUAAAGAAAUGAAUAGACACUCAUCUGAAAUGUAAUGUGUGAAUUACCUUUUGAAAUAGUAGUACUUUGAUGUUAAGUUGUGUCAUAUUGAACAGGUGAUUUUUGUUAAAUGAACAAAUGAUCUUAGUUUUAUGUGUAUUGUAUCCAAGCAAUUGAAAAAAGUGUUAAGAGUUUUGAAAAAUUUGCAUUUUGAUCAUUGGUUGUGAGUUUUGUGUCUAGAGUUUUGAAAAAUGACGUCAAGGUUCUGAAAUUAGUGCCAAAGUGAUUGUAAAAAACUGUAAUACCCUCAUGGAUUUAAAAUGAAUGGACUGGUGUAAUUAAUACGGUGGAAACUCCCUAAGCUACAACCUUGCUUGCACCAAUCCAAUGCAAGUGAAUGAGUGCACAUUUCUGUGUGAAGGGUAGAGGAUCAGCACGCAGCCCUAAUCCUAUUCACCUGAUAUCCACAUGUUACUGUAGAUGGUAGCAAAGAAACACUAAUCCAAGAGCUUCGACAUCAUUAUGAAACCAGGUUGCUUUACUGUAAAUUAAGUUACCUUUUCCCAGAACUCCAGUUAUCCUUUUACUGCGGUGGGCUGAAUCAGGGUCACACAGAGUGUUUCUUGGGAGUCAAACAAACUCUACUUUGAAACAAAAGUCUACACCUCACGUACAUGGUUAUGGGCUUUUUAAAAAAAGAAGACACCUGUACCAUAGAGUUUAAAUGUAUUCCAUUUUGAGUUUGCAUCCCAAUAUCACAGAAGACUGAAAUAUAACAAAACCCUUUGACAUAGAAACACCAGAUUUUCGGCAGGUUUUUAAAAUAAUCUUUAUUCAUUAUGAAAUUAUGAAAAAUAUUAAUAACAUUCCACCCAUGAGGAUACUAAGUCAUUUGACUGCAGGAAAGGGCUACUUACUGAAAAUGAGCCAACCUGGCUGGGCGUGGAGGAAGGACAGACAGCACACGCAACACAGAGUGAAACUACAGUGGAGAAAAAAAUUAUUUAGUCAGCCACCAAUUGUGCAAGUUCUCCCACUUAAAAAGAUGAGAGAGGCCUGUAAUUUUCAUCAUAGGUACACGUCAACUAUGACAGACAAAUUGAGAAUUUUUUUUCCAGAAAAUCACAUUGUAGGAUUUUUUAUGAAUUUAUUUGCAAAUUAUGGUGGAAAAUAAAUAUUUGGUCACCUACAAACAAACAAGAUUUCUGGCUCUCACAGACCUGUAACUUCUUCUUUAAGAGGCUCCUCUGUCCUCCACUUGUUACCUGUAUUAAUGGCACCUGUUUGAACUUGUUAUCAGUAUAAAAGACACCUGUCCACAACCUCAAACAGUCACACUCCAAACUCCACUAUGGCCAAGACCAAAGAGCUGUCAAAGGACACCAGAAACAAAAUUGUAGACCUGCACCAGGCUGGGAAGACUGAAUCUGCAAUAGGUAAGCAGCUUGGUUUGAAGAAAUCAACUGUGGGAGCAAUUAUUAGGAAAUGGAAGACAUACAAGACCACUGAUAAUCUCCCUCGAUCUGGGGCUCCACGCAAGAUCUCACAAAAAUCCCAGAACCACACGGGGGGACCUAGUGAAUGACCUGCAGAGAGCUGGGACCAAAGUAACAAAGCCUACCAUCAGUAACACACUACGCCGGCAGGGACUCAAAUCCUGCAGUGCCAGACGUGUCCCCCUGCUUAAGCCAGUACAUGUCCAGGCCCGUCUGAAGUUUGCUAGAGUGCAUUUGGAUGAUCCAGAAGAGGAUUGGGAGAAUGUCAUAUGGUCAGAUGAAACCAAAAUAUAACUUUUUGGUAAAAACUCAACUCGUCGUGUUUGGAGGACAAAGAAUGCUGAGUUGCAUCCAAAGAACACCAUACCUACUGUGAAGCAUGGGGGUGCAAACCUCCUUCCAUCAGCAAGGGCAUUGAAGAUGAAACGUGGCUGGGUCUUUCAGCAUGACAAUGAUCCCAAACACACCGCCCGUGCAACGAAGGAGUGGCUUUGUAAGAGGCAUUUCAAGGUCCUGGAGUGGCCUAGCCAGUCUCCAGAUCUCAACCCCAUAGAACAUCUUUGGAGGGAGUUGAAAGUCUGUGUUGCCAAGCGACAGCCCCAAAACAUCACUGCUCUAGAGGAGAUCUGCAUGGAGGAAUGGGCCAAAAUACCAGCAACAGUGUGUGAAAACCUUGUGAAGACUUACAGAAAACGUUUGACCUGUGUCAUUGCCAACAAAUGGUAUAGACCAAAGUAUUGAGAAACUUUUGUUAUUGACCAAAUACUUAUUUUCCACCAUAAUUUGCAAAUAAAUUCAUUAAAAAUCCUACAAUGUGAUUUCCUGGAUUUUUUUUUCUCACUUUGUCUGUCAUAGUUGAUAUGUACCUAUGAUGAAAAUUACAGCCCUCUCUCAUCUUUUUAAGUGGGAGAACUUGCACAAUUGGUGGCUGACUAAAUACUUUUUUCCCCCACUGUAUCUUCAAUAUGUUAAUAACGUAACUGUCUUUAAUAAAGACUGUUUGAUGGAUCUACUCACCAGACUCAUAAAUCAAAGUGACAUGAAGUCAUUUUGACGUGAAACAACAUGUAUGAGAUGUUAGACACAUAACCUUUACAGACUUCUCUGGAACUUUCUCUGCUUCUCUUACCGUGAACUAACUACCUGCUGUAGACUAACAACCUGCUGUAGACUAACAACCUGCUGUUGACUAACAACCUGCUGUUGACUAACUACCUGCUGUAGACUAACUACCUGCUGUAGACUAACUACCUGCUGUAGACCAACAACCUGCUGUAGACUAACAACCUGCUGUUGACUAACAACCUGCUGUUGACUAACUACCUGCUGUAGACUAACAACCUGCUGUUGACUAACUACCUGCUGUAGACUAACAACCUGCUGUAGACUAACAACCUGCUGUUGACUAACUACCUGCUGUAGACUAACAACCUGCUGUUGACUAACUACCUGCUGUAGACUAACAACCUGCUGUAGACUAACAACCUGCUGUAGACUAACAACCUGCUGUUGACUAACUACCUGCUGUAGACUAACUACCUGCUGUAGACUAACUACCUGCUGUAGACUAACAACCUGCUGUAGACUAACAACCUGCUGUAGACUAACAACCUGCUGUAGACUAACAACCUGCUGUAGACUAACUAACCUGCUGUAGACUAACUACCUGCUGUAGACUAACUACCUGCUGUAGACUAACUACCUGCUGUAGACUAACUACCUGCUGUAGACUAACAACCUGCUGUAGACUAACUACCUGCUGUAGACUAACUACCUGCUGUAGACUAACUACCUGCUGUAGACUAACUACCUGCUGUAGACUAACUACCUACAACCUGCUGUAGACUAACUACCUGCUGUAGACUAACUACCUGCUGUAGACUAACUACCUGCUGUAGACUAACAACCUCCUGUAGACCAACAACCUGCUGUAGACUAACAAUGAAGAACAGGCUAGUCGGGUUCUUCUGUUAUAAAGAAGCGGCAGGUAGCUACCUGGGGCGGCAGGUAGCUUAGUGGUUAAGAGCGUUGUACCAGUAACCGAAAGGUCGCUGGUUCUAAUCCCCAAGCCGACUAGGUGAAAAAUCUGUCGAUGUGCCCUUGAGCAAGGCACUUAACCCUAAUUGCUCCUGUAAGUAGCUCUGGAUAAGAGUGUCUGCUAAAUGACCUAUUUAUUUAUUUAUAAACCUGAGACCAGGUUACCAUAUGACUGACUGACAUCUGGCUUAGCUAGAUAGGAUGAAACAUGGUUAAACAAGACAAGGGAAACAUUGGUGAGCUCAGCAUUCAGUCUGGGUUCAAAUUGGCUACCAUUUCCUACCACCUGAAUAAAAGCCUUCAGGUCAGAUGAAGGGUCAACUCAUCUGCAGGUCAGAGAGAAACAGAAGGAUAAAGUUACAGUAAUUGUAAGUGGAUGUAAUAUCCAGAUAUUUAGACUUUAUUGCUAAUUUCUUUUGGCAAAAAUCAAUAUCAAGUCUCCGUCAGUCUAUAAGAUGUUUCUGUUUAUUCUUUCAACAGAUGUACAUCAGAGGGAAGCUGCUGUUCGCUGACUACAUCUUCAACGGCUACAGCUGCUCAGUGAGGGACCUCCACAAGCAGAUCUCUAAAACUAGAGGGGACUACAGACAGGGCCGGAGCCUGCCCUCAGACUACAGGUUCAGGUAAAAGCUACUGAAGUGACACAUCUACUGCCAUUGUGCCCUUCAGCAAGGCACUUGCACUUGCUAACCCCUAACCUGCUCCAGGGGCCAGGGUGCCGCUUCUUGUGAUCAUAUUUCACGCGACUUCUGAGAAAAUUAAUAGAAUUGAGUUGAACGGAACAGAAUUGAGUUGAACGGAACAGAAUUGAAUUGAACGGAACAUAAUUGAAUUGAACAGUACCCUCGCCCCUGUGUUGGGGCAGUGCCCAGGUGAAGAGUCCAGCAGUUGGGGACCCGCCUGGCCAUCAGGGGGAUCAGAAAGUCUCUGAUGGAGGAGAAGGCAUCUCUCAUGGAACACCUGCCCUGUCAAAGAAGGAAAAGUCCCAAACCAGUGAG